GGCAUAGAGUCUGAGAAUGUGAACGUAGUGAAGAGACUCUUCAAAAUCCAGAACCUGAACGCCAGCACGAUCCGGACCGUCAUGGUGGCUGACUGCAGCCGUGCCAUGACCGAGACGGAAUUGGAGACGAAGGUGGCUGAGCUGUUCGUGCGCAACAGAACUAAACCGCCCGAGCUGAACCUGCUCCCCACGGACAGCAACAGCAAGACAAAAUACUUAAUCUUCACCACAGGAUGCCUCACCUACUCCCCGCACCAGAUAGGUAAGGCUGUGGCCCUGACCCCGGGCCUUGUGCCAGCCUCCCUGGGGCUGUGGGCUCCAGCCACGCUCUGA